AUGGCUCAAAACGCCGGUAAAGACCUCAUCAUCACCAGUGUCACCGACCCCUUCGUCGCCCGCUCCAAGUUCCGGUCCAGUUUCUCCUCUCACGUCACCAACACGAUCACCACCUCGACGACCGCCUCGACCGAGCACCUCGUUGCCGAAUCUGCGUCCCACCAUCAUCCUAUACCCUCGCGUCGCCCUGUUUCCGGACCUCUAUCAUCAUCAACACCAUGUUCCUUGUCAGACAGGGUCACACCCGCCGCCACCUUCUCAGACGUCGUCGUCGUCGUCGUCGUCGUCGUCGCAAAUUUCACCAAACGAGCUGCGUCCUGA